AUGAUGAGCUCUCUUGCCAUUGAGAAUGUCUCCGGCGUAGAAGGGAGAGCGAGCUCGAUCACAGCGUCAGCCGGGGAGCUAUGUGGCACCGGACUCAACAGCCCUUGCGAGAGACGCUACACGUGCGCUCAGUGCGGGAAAAGCUUCAAUCAGCGCUCAAACCUUAUCAGACACCAGAGAAUCCACACGUGGGAGACGCCCUACACGUGCUCUGAGUGCGGGAAAUGCUUCGGGCGGAGCUCUCACCUUAUCAGACAUGAGAGAAUCCACACAGGAGAGACGCCCUACAGGUGCUCUGAGUGUGGGAAAAGCUUUGGGCGGAGCUCUCACCUUAUCACACAUCAGAGAAUCCACACAGGGGAGAAGCCCUACACGUGCUCUGAGUGCGGGAAAAGCUUUAAUCAGAGCUCUGUCCUGAGCGCACACAGGAGAAUCCACACAGGGGAGAAGCCCUACACAUGUGCUGAGUGCGGGAAAUGCUUCCGGCGGAGCUCUCACCUUAUCAGACAUCAGAGAAUCCACACAGGAGAGAGGCCCUUUGAAUGCCGUGAGUGUGGGAAAUGCUUCACUAGCAGCUCAGACCUUUCUAAACAUCAGAGAAUCCACACAGGGGAAAGGCCCUUUGAAUGCCAUGAGUGUGGGAAAAGCUUCACUAGCAGCUCAGACCUUUCUAAACAUCAGAGAAUCCACACAGGGGAGAGGCCCUUUGAAUGCAGUGAGUGUGGGAAAAGCUUCACUCAAAGAUCAGCCCUUUCUAAACAUCAGAGAAUCCACACAGGGGACAGGCCCUAUGAAUGCACUGAGUGCGGGAAAACCUUCAAUCGCAGUUCGCACCUUAUUUCCUGCGGUGCCGGCACCGUCCAUCCAACCUGUGUCGGUGAGGAGCGCACCUUCGGCACCGGAUCGCUCCAGUACCAAAAAGGACUCCCGGCACCAGCAUCUGCCGGCACCGGCUCCCCGGCACUGCUCCCUUUCCCCGACUGGGAAAUGACGUACUGCUCCGACCCCAUCCUCGCAGAAGGAGCACACAUCAAAGUCCAUCUGUCGGACCCCGGUAACUGCUGCGGCACCGCCAACACCGACAACGCAGUUGGCAGCUCCUCCUAG